CAAGGUUGAUCCAGGCGCACCUUGAUCGAUCGAUUGACAGGAGGGGCCCAUGUCUUUCAAUCCGCUGGCGCUGCUCCAAGAGCGCCAGUGUGCGCCCGUAUACAGCGCGCUCGACUCAGGGAAUCCCUCGGCUGCGCUGCGGCAGUGCGACGGCCUGCUGGCCAAGCAGCCCGACCUGCACCUCGCCGCUGCUCUGCGGUCGCUGGCCCUGGUCCGGCUCGGACGGCGAGCCGAUGCGUCAAAGCAGGUCGACGGCCUCCUCGCAGCCACGUCUAAAAACAAGGCCCUCCUCGACGGCGGCUCUUCUUUGCUCCACGUGCUCUCCAUCGCACUCGGCAGCCUCGGGCGCACGUCCGACGAGGUCGAGAUGCUCGAUGCCGCGAGCAAGGCGGCACCCUCGAACAUCGACCUGGGCGCGCGGGCCUUUGUCGCCAUGGCCAAGACGGGCCAGUGGCAGCGGGCGCAGCAGACGUCGCUGCGCCUGUCCAAGGCGGCGGCGGGCAGCAAGGGCAGCGACAACGACCUGCACUUCUGGUGGUCCAUGCAGGCCUACGCACUCGUCGCAGCCGAUCCGUCGCUGCCGGCGCACCAGCUUGCGCUUCCCUUGGCGACGCGCAUGAUCCAGAAGCAUCUCGAGACGGCGCCCUGGGGUGCCCGCUCGGACGAGGAGCUAUUUCUCUACGCCACCAUCCUCGCGCGCCAGGGCGACGCCUCGAAGCGCCAGGCCGUCGAGCUGCUCGAUGCGCAAAAGGAACUGCGCGAAAAGUCCAUGACGCUCGCCAUACUCCGAACGGAGCUGCUUCGGGAGCUGGGACAGUGGACCACGCUGUGCGAGGAGGCCCUCCAGGCGAUGGAGUCGGGCGACGACAACUGGAGCCAUGUCCAGGUGCUGGUCGAGGCUGUCUCGAAGCUGCACGACGACAGCAGCAGCAGCGGCAGCAACAGCAGCAAGGUGACGGACGCAGAGGCGCGCCUUUCGAAGCUCGCAGAGGGAAAGGGGGCCAAGAAUCGGGGGUUCCGCCUGGCGAGACUCGAGCUCGUCCGAGGCUUGUCAGACGAGCAGCGGGCCAAGCUCAGCCAGCCGGACCUCUCCAAGCUCAUCGUCGCCUACUUUGACGACUUUGCACAAAAGGCUUGCGCAUACGAGGACCUGGCUCCUCAUGCGCUGCUGCUUGUUGAGGGCCCAGGGCUUGAAAAAGUGCGCGAGACGGUUGCCAAGGAGGAAGCGAGGGAGAUCGAGACGCUCGACGACCUCUAUCGGGUCCUCAACGCAUGCAAGCUCCUGCGGCUGGUCCAGGCAGACUCAAAAGACGCCGAGAUGGACAGGACACUGUCGAAGCGGUACUGGGACAUUUAUAAAAGGGCCCUCGUGAUCGGCAAGGAUCUGCCCAAGACAGAGAUGCAGCCCGCCGACGACUUUGCGCUCCUGGCCGCACAGGCCUGCGUCGCUGCUUCGCCUUCUUCCCCCUCGGACCUCGUGCAGGCCGUGUCGAUGCUCGAGUCUGCUCUCCAGCACUCGCCCAAGGGAUAUCGCCUGCGCGUGCUCCUCAUUCGGCUCCUUCGACAGCUGGGCUCCGUCGACGAGGCUCGCGAGCAUUUCUCAAAGCUCGGCGCACGCAGCGUCCAGCUCGAGACGCUCGGGUGGCUCCUCGUCGAUCGCAGCUCAUCGUACAGGAACCUGCUUCCACAAGGCUCAAGCCAAGAGGCCGAAUUUGACAGUGCCGUCGAGGGAAUCGCAAGAAUAUGGAGAGAAAGCGAGCGCGAGAUGCCAGAGAUGGUCGCAAAGGCCUUUGAGAACGGCAUCUUCUCCCGGAUUGAAGAGAUUGUCGAUUUCAAAAAGAGGCUCGACAAUUCCUUGGCCAGGCAGCUGUACGCCGCCGAGCGCGCGCUCUGCCCUGCCAAGGGCGACGAGGAUGAGGAGAUGAGGAGAGAGGCCGUUCAGAGGGCGCUCCGGGUGAGAGCGCCGUCGGAUCAGCGCGACUUUGCCGUGCUCCUCAAUCUGCUGCCGAGCAGUCGAGGCAGCAUCAGAGAGCUGACCUCCUUGACGAGGCAAGAGCCAGGGACGAGAUAUGUCGACGGCAUGCUCGACGUUGCGGCGGCUGUGCUCGGCAUCGAGCGAGAGCACAAGGACGCGCGAGAUGGGGGGUCCGACGACGAGCUGACGGCAUCUGAGAGGCGGCUGCACGACCUUGCAAGGAAGAUCCUGGACAAAGCCUCCGAUGUCGAAGCAACCGCAAAGGCCUUCUUUGAGGGCUGCCUCGAUGAAGCAAAGACGACCAACUCUCCAUUCCCUGCCGACCAGCUGCUCGUCGCCAGCGUCGCGCUGCAGGGCUACCAGCUCGUUGCCCGUAGACAGAUUGACACCAAGGCCGCCAGCGCGCCUCUCCACGAGCUUCGAGAGCUACUCAAGGAGAAGAGGGAUCACGUCGAUUUCUCUUCCUCUUCUCAAGAAGCAGCAGCGGUAGCAGAGAGGGAGGGCGAGGAGGACACAAAAGCCCGGCUAGAGGCGGCUGCGAGGGGUGCAUACAACGCCGUGCUCGGUAGAUUAGAGGCAUGUAAUUAGAAGAGGGAGAAUAAGAUAUGAGGCCAAGGAGGGAGCCAAUCACUAGAG